AUGAUGGAUGAGUCGAGAAAGGGAAAGUCCAUUAGGUCUGCAUUUGAUAGUAGUACAUUUGAUGCAGAUGUGUCUAUACAUGUAGACCGGAAAGUUGGAUCGGCCACUAUAUCUCCUUCCGGGCGAGAUGUCGCUCUAGCAUCAACCGAUGGCCUAGACAUAAUUGAUCUCGAUUCUCCACUCAACCCCCCACGACAUCUUCGUCAUGGCCUUCCAUGGCUUGUGGCCGACGUUCAAUGGUGUCCUUUCGCAGCUCGUGACUACUGGGUGGUUAGCACUGCUAAUCAAAAGGCUCUAGUAUGGAAUUUAAAUAUGCAAGAGGACGCCUCCCAUGGCGCAAUCGAGCAUACACUACAUGGCCAUACAAGAGCUAUUACGGACAUCAAUUUUUCAGCACAUCAUCCAGAUAUGCUGGCAACAUGUGCUGUUGACGGAUAUGUACAUUGUUGGGAUCUGCGGCGACCACGACAACCCGUCCUUAGCUUUUGUGAUUGGUUUGCUGGUGCAACCCAGGUCAAAUGGAGCCGGCAAGAUUCGCACAUCUUAGCUUCUUCCCAUGAUAGAUGGCUACGGAUCUGGGAUGAUAGAAAAGGUGCUGUCCCAUUAAGAUCCAUUAAUGCACAUGAAUCAAAAAUAUAUGGUGUUGAUUGGAAUCGUACUCGUGCCUCAAGCUUAGUUACUUGUUCUUUGGAUAGAACCAUCAAAUUCUGGGAUUAUGAAAACGAAUCCGAGGUUCCCGAGCGUACCAUACACACCGGGUUUCCAGUCUGGAGAGCUCGACACACACCUUUUGGUUGGGGAAUCCUAGCUAUGCCUCAGGACACUCCUGGGGACCUUCACCUUUAUGAUCGACGUAUUACAGGUGAUAAUUCCACUGAUACCAUCACGGAAGCAGUCAUUACCUUUCCGGGGCAUGGGAAUUCCAAAGUCAAAGAAUUCCUCUGGAGGAGUCGUGGAAGCAUCACAGACGAGGGAGAAGAUAAUAGAGAGUUUCAAUUAGUUUCGUGGGGCGAGGACAACCAGUUGAAAAUGCAACAUGUGGACCAUGAUACACUUGCGGGCGUUGGCUAUGUGAAAGGGAAAAAGGUACACGGAAAGCUCAAUCUCACACGUAAAGGAGCAAUCUACAAGACGUUUCGCACAACGGAAACAUCUGCGACCGAAAAGAAAACUGCCACAAUUACAGGUCCUCGACCUGGUAGUACCGGUCUGAAGUUAAGUGCAUUGAGUGUUGGAAUGAAGAAAAUGUCUCUGCCUCAUACUACUCGUACUCACACCACAAUCCGCGCCCCUGCUAUGAGAGGCAAGGAAAAACCGGCGAAGCCAGAAGAUUUGAACCAAUCCCAGAUUGGCUGGAUGAGUGGAAUAAAGUUCUCGAAACCCGAGAAUGGCUCCAUGCGCGGAAAGCAAUCAACGCCGAGAAGAAUGUCUUUGCUGAGUCCUGAGUUCGAAGAGGAUGGUGAUUGGGACGAACCGGAGACUUUACAUGAUGAAAUUAUACGCAUCAAUGACCAGCUUCCAAAGAUUACAUUCGAUGAUGUUGAUAUGGAUCAGAGAAUGGUCAUUGUCUCCAUGAAUGGACCAUGGGGUGAAGAUAGUACACCAAUCUACAUAAAUACGACCAUAUCAUUUCCAGACCAGUACCCGGAGAGCAAAGCCCCCACAUUCAUACUUGGCAAAACGUCCCUCAUGCCUGACGAAACUUACAAUAAAUUGAAGAAGGAAGUGCAACAAAUCGCAGCAAGCUUUGUAAGUCGCAAGCAAGGCUGUCUUGAAGCGACUCUAUGUUAUCUCCUUGGAGAAGUUGAUCUCGAGACAAGUACCAUAUUUUUUCAUGAUAUAGAUAGUCUAGAUGAUGAUGAUUUAGAUGGUCUUGCCGAUGAAAGCUCAAGCGAUGAAGAGGAUAGCGAUAUUCCUCCGGGUGCCUCGGCAAUGAUGUCGCAAGAGCUUGAUUCCAGUGCCACGGCGGAAACAUUGAUCAGUAUACCAAGAAAUGUUAACGUACCACUCCCUAGACUUUGCGGUGCUCGCUUUGCAAUGAACGGCAAGCUUGUGUGUUUCUUUCCGCCAAAGGAAGAUAAAGUAAAGUCCUUACUCGAGAAGAUCACCGACUCUAGAAAUUCUCGACCGAGAGGCGAACCUAAUUUUGAUGCUUUUGGUCGAUUGGGAAACAAUAGUUCGCCCCAACCACGCAUCAAGACCACAUCAGUAACUGAAGAUAGUAAAGCUGAUUCUGAGUUGUCAGACGAGUAUGAUUCAUCGAAUAGUAGCGAUACAGAUUCAUCACAGUUCCGCAUUACUCGGUAUCCUGCAAUGACAGCGUACUGGCGUCGAUCGACUCGCCGAUUCACCAUGAGAGGGUCGCCAACUAUAAUGUCACAAAGAUCAGGUGGAACUGGGACCGGAACUGGGACCGGAACUAACACAGCCACUGGGACUGUUCUCAGCAGGAUUCGAUCCGUGAAGCCUAAAAACGUCAUAUCAUUAUGCGAUGUUAAUGAUCUUCUCCCUGCAAAGAUCUACCUUGCAGAAGAAUAUGCCAUUUUUGGUAAAGGUCCAGAUCUUUGUGAGGAGAACGCAAGAAUUGCUGAUAAGCACGGACACUCUAAGUUGGCCGACGUAUGGAAAUAUGCCGCUAUGCUUUUGCAAAAUGAUAUUCCGCUUGAAGUUCUCGAACAAAGUCAACGUCGUGAACCUGUCCUGGUAAUAGCCGAAAUUAUGGCAAAAAGACACCGUCGUGACAGCGGCUCGGAUAGCGGUAUCGACGUUUCUCACGAUGAACGUUGUAGAAAUGGCAGUUUGUCCGGUAGGGUCAAAUGGGGAAGUAGCCCCCUUGCCAAGCAACUGAUUGGGGACCUCUUUACCCAUUUUGAGGAGCUCCGUGACAUUCAAAUGUUAGCAAUGCUAUCCUGUGUGUUUAGCGAGCCAAUCGCCUCGGGAGCACCAUCACACGCUACAAAUGCUGAAGUUGGCAUAAGUCAGCCGCAGACAGCCCUUUCUAGGAAGACACCUGCCUUUUCUGUUGACUAUUUCCCCAAUAAUGGGGCAGCUUGGAGUAUGUAUCAAAAGACUCCGAUAGACUCUGCUGUGUCAACCCCAAAAUUGGCUAACACGCCUUCUGGAAUAUAUGGAUCUAUGGGGUCUUCCACUGGUAUUUGGGGCAGUGAUCCUGCUUCGGCAUCGUACUCUUGUGGCGAUACUCCGCCGCUGAGGUCAAACAGAGGAAGCUCAGAACAUCUUCCUCAACAUACACAAAGUCUUUCAACUUCUCCAGAAAAUCCGAGAAUGUUCCGCCGUGGGAACUCGAGUCUUGCAUCAAGUUUUGCCGCAAACUUUUCACGUCCAUUUUCUACGAUUGCAUCAUCUUCGCCACCGAAUCCACCACCAAGUCGAAAGCGAACUAGUCCGGUUGAACAUAUGCUAAGCUUAGCUCCUAGUGCUAUUACCUGGGGAAAUACUACAGUCCUUGGUAGCGUCAAAGAGCAAGUUGGCACGGAACAACUAGCGUUUUCAGAUGAUGAAAGUACAAUGGAUGAUUUGAAACCAAGUAUUUGCGUUGGAAUCAAGAUGACAAUGGAAAACCAGAAUGGGUUUGAUGACGAAGGAUGUAUGGGCACUUCGUUAUUGGAUAGUAGCCACACCGCGCGUCACAUGAGCUAUCGUCAAGCCUAUGCUGAAUUGCUUUAUUGUUGGGGACUUCCGUUGGCUAGAUUAGAAGUUUUGAAGUAUAACGGACUAAGGGGCCAUACUCCCGAACUGGAUAUUCCCGACAAUAAGUCAUUUGUAGCUUCGAUAAUGUCUAAUGAUAGUCAUACUAUAAUCCACGAAGCAUCGCCUCCGUCUCAAAUCGUUCUAAGCAAGAGAGAUGAGCACUCGCCAUCAAAUGAUCAAGGCUUAGACAUUGCGGGUUACUGCCUCAAGCACGAAGCGCGUCUGGAUCCUCUCCGCUCGAGUUCCAUGGGCGGUGCUGCCGGACGUUGUGAACGCUGCAAGACUAUUCAGCGCCAGCUUCGUUGCUCAAUAUGCACCGAGCCCGUCAGUGCAGUCUUCUUACCAUGUCUGUCAUGCGGCUGUGUAACGCAUCAACAUUGUUUGAUCGAAUAUCGUUUUACCGGCAAUAGCGAGUGUCCUGGUGGUUGUGAUUGCGAUUGUGGGGAGAAAGCUAGUAUGGGACUGAUAGAAAGUCUAGGUGUCAUGAUUGAGUUUAUGCGAGCACUAGAGCGAAAGAAAGCACUUACUGACAAGGAAGAUGUUGACGAAUGGGAUGUGCCAGUUGAGGAAAAAGAUGAUUGGGAGAACAUCAACAUUCCUUCUGGUGGUUUGGGAAGAACCCAUUCUACAGUGAGUAAACGAAUUGAACAAGUAAGAAGUUCAGAUUGGAGUGUGAAGAAGAAAUUGAGUAGUCUGAGAAAGGAGGAGAGUUUUUCGUAUCUUGCUUGA